GCUUUGUGUGAUUUGGGUGCUAGCAUUAAUUUGAUGCCUUUUCAUGUAUUUAGGAAAGUUGGAUUAGGAGAACCUACACCUACCACAGUUUCUCUUCAAUUGGCAGAUAGGAGCAUUAAAUAUCCAAGAGGAGUGGUAGAGGAUGUUUUGGUAAAAGUUGACAAAUUUAUCUUUCCUGUUGAUUUUAUUGUUCUUGACAUGGAAGAGGAUUUUGAAAUGCCUUUGAUUCUUGGUAGACCAUUCCUUGCUACUGGUAGAGCGCUUAUUGAUGUUCAACAAGGGAAACUUAGCCUUAGAAUACAUGAUGAGGAGAUUGUUUUUAAUGUGUUUGAUGCUAUGAAAAAUUGUGAUCAUGAUGGCAGUGCUGUUUUAAGGAUUGAUGUGGUAGACAAUUUAUUGGCUGAAAAUUUUAAUGCUUCUAGAUUAGAUGAUCCUAUUGAUAAUUGCAUUGUUAAUGCUUUGGAUGUGAAAGUUGAUAGUGCAGACAAUAACAUUUUGGAGGCAGCAGCUAUUCUUGGGGAAAAAUGCCAUAGGCAGCCACAAAAAGGAGGGAAUUUUCUGUCCUUAGAUGCACCGUCCACUAUGACAGUCAAGCCAUCCAAAGAGGAGCCCUCUACUCUUGAAUUAAAACCUCUUCCUUCUCAAUUAAAGUAUGUUUAUUUGGGUGAUUCAAAUACCUUACCUGUUAUAAUUUCUGCUUCUUUGACAGGAAUAAAGGAGGAGAAACUCUUAAGGGUGUUGCGAGAACACAAAGGAGCUAUAGGAUGGAGCAUAGCGGAUAUCAAAGGAGUUAGCCCUUUGAUUUGCAUGCAUAAAAUUCUGUUGGAGGAGGGGCACAAGCCGAUUGUUCAACCUCAAAGACGCCUUAAUCCUAAUAUGCAAGAGGUGGUCAAAAAGGAGGUAAUCAAAUGGUUGGAUUCAGGUAUUAUUUUUCCUAUCUCUGAUAGUACUUGGAUGAGUCCUGUGCAAGUAGUGCCUAAAAAGGGUGGGACAACUGUGGUACGUUCCAAAGAUGUGUGAUGGCUUUAUUUGCUGAAUUUUUUGAUGAGUUCAUGGAAAUUUUUAUGGAUGAUUUUUCAGUUUUUGGCUCUUCAUUUGAUGGAUGCUUACAUAAUCUGUCUAGGGUGCUUAAAAGAU